AUGAGCAGCGCAGAAGAGCCCUUGAUUUCCCGCCAUCCCUCCCCGUCCGAGGACCACCCCGACAAUGACGACGACAACCACGACAACAACGACAACAACGAUAUCCGCCAUGACGCAACCACCUACGAUGCCGCACCACCCCCCGCCUCACCCACCCUCUUCAUCUACCUCCUCACCUUAAGCGCGGGCAUUUCCGGCCUCCUCUUCGGCUACGACACCGGCGUAAUCUCCUCGACCCUCGUCUCCAUCGGCACCGCCCUCACGCCCCACCCCCUCACCACCCUCGACAAAUCCAUCAUCACCUCGUCAACCUCCCUGCUCGCGCUCAUCAUCUCCCCCUUCUCCUCGGUGCUCGCCGACCGACUGGGCCGCAAGCGGGUGAUCCUGCUCGCCGACGCGCUCUUCGCGGCGGGCGCGGCCGCGCAGGCGUGCAGCGGCUCCGUGGCCGCCAUGGUCGCGGGCCGCGCUGUGGUUGGCAUGGCGGUGGGCGCGGCGAGUUUUGUGGUGCCGCUGUAUAUUGCGGAGCUGGCGCCCGCGGCGUUUCGCGGGAGGCUGGUGACGAUGAAUGUGAUUUUUAUUACGCUGGGCCAGGUGGUGGCGUAUGUGGUUGGGUGGGUGCUGGGGGAGUUUGGGGAUCCGGCGACGGCGUGGCGGUGGAUGGUGGGGCUGGGCGCGCUGCCUGCCGUGGUGCAGGCGGUUGUGAUGGUGGUUAUGCCCGAGACGCCGAGGUGGUUGGUGAUGGUUGGGAGGGCUGGGGAGGCGAGGGGGGUGGUGGAGAGGGUGCUUGAGGGGAAGGGGGAGGGGAGGGAGGUGGAUGCGACAGUGAAGGGGAUUGAGAUUGAGGUGAGGGAAGAGAGUGAGGAGAGGAGGUUAAGAGGGAAUGGAACGGGCGUUGGGAAGGCCGUGUGGAUGGAUUCGGCCGGGGAGCUGUUUGGGGUAAGAAGGAAUCGCAGGGCGUUGGCGAUUGCUUGUUUACUUCAGGGGUUGCAGCAGCUGUGUGGAUUUAACUCGCUCAUGUAUUUCUCGGCUACGAUAUUCACGAUGCUGGGCUUCCCGAUCCCGACACUCACCUCACUGGUUGUGGCGGUCACCAACUUCGCCUUCACCCUCGUGGCCCUCUUUUUGAUCGACCGUAUUGGCAGGAGGCGCAUCCUGCUCUGGUCGAUCCCGUUUAUGGUUGUGGGCCUCCUCCUCGCAGCAUACGGCUUCUCGUUUAUUACACUCGCUGCGGUCGAUUCGGCCGGCGAUGGACCUACUCCCACCCCCGCCCGCGGCGCCGCGAUAACCAUUCUCGUGAGCAUCAUGGUCUACGUUGCCGGUUACGCUUUGGGGUUGGGGAAUGUGCCCUGGAUGCAGAGCGAGCUGUUUGCGCUCAACGUGCGGUCGCUGGGAAGUGGCAUUGCCACGGCAACCAACUGGGGAGCAAACUUUGUGAUAGGGCUGACCUUUCUGCUGCUCAUGGAUGCGCUUACGCCGUCGUGGACGUUUGUGCUCUAUGCAGGGAUAUGCGCCGUCGGGUAUGGGCUGAUCUGGAACUUCUACCCCGAAACGGCAGGGCUGAGUUUAGAAGAAGCGGCGAGUCUUCUGGAAGACGAUCGAUGGGGCGUGCGUUGA